AAAUACCCAAGACGACAUGGGUCCCGAGACACAUUUGUUUCGGACCUACUAUGCCCUAUCCACUUUAACACUCCACUAGUUUAUAAAGCUGCUCUCUUCCGCACUUGUUCUUGAUGGAUUACUGUUCGCAUACCCAUCCCUCUAUCGAAAAUGGCAACUAAAGUCGGUCUUAGCGUGCCAAUGCCACUCCUUGCUCCUGUUACUGCCACUUGGGCAGUUCCGUUCGCGGCCUACUACCUUUUCCUCCAGCAGCGCAUUGUAGCGAAGCGAUUUGGCACAAAGACUGUAUUGGGUGAUAAGUCGGGCGCACCUCAAGGCGCACUGGACCCUCUCUUUGUGGACACACGUGCGCAAGCCAACUUUGUCGAAAACGUACCAUUCAUACUCUCGAUUGCACUCCUUGCUGAGCUCAACGGAGCCAACAGGACUUACCUCAGCUACGCUCUUGGUGCUCUUUUUGCUCUCCGUGUCGGCCAUGUUGAGCUUGGCUUGAGGGCUUCCAGCGGGAAAGGUCCCGGAAGACCGCUUGGUUUCGUCGGCACUCAGGCGAUAUUAGCUGGGCUUGCUGGAUAUGCGGCGUACUUGGUAAAGGACUACUGGACCGUCUAAGCGACGAAUGCAACGAUGUGGGGAUAGCUUCAGCAUUUGUAGGCUCCAAAAAUACAUAUUGUCAGUGGAAGGAGAG